AACCAUCCUCUCAAGGUCUGAGAAGGGCAGAUCAACGGGGUUCAACUCGGUAGGCAACAAGCUGAGAGUAACGUCCAGGAAGCCGCGAGGCCAGCAGCAAAAACCCAGAUCUUGAGAACCUGACUCGGAGCCGCCGCAGCGCUCGCGCCUCUUCCGGAAGCCACGCCCACUCUAGGAGCCCGGUUCACGCCAGGCUCCUGUUUCACUACCUGUGUCGACGGUGAACUACAUUUCCCAGAACACCAUUCAAGCCGCCUCGCAGGGCAGUGAUAAGUGCCUGGGUGACGCCAUCAUCCGGCGCGCUGUUUAGCGUCCACUGAUGUCGUGGCGCUUUGGAGAAAGAACUUGGUGUUUCUUCGGGCCCUGGUUCUGAAGACGCCGUCCGGGGGGCCCGUGGCUCCUUUCUACCCACCCCUCCUGCUUUUUUUCCCUACUGUGGCAGGAUGAGGCGUGCAGGCCUGGGUGAAGGAGUACCUCCAGGCAACUAUGGGAACUAUGGGUAUGCUAACAGUGGGUACAGUGCCUGUGAAGAAGAAAAUGAGAGACUCACUGAAAGUCUGAGAAGCAAAGUAACUGCUAUAAAAUCUCUUUCCAUUGAAAUAGGCCAUGAGGUUAAACAUCAAAAUAAAUUAUUAGCUGAAAUGGAUUCACAGUUUGAUUCUACAACUGGAUUUCUAGGUAAAACUAUGGGAAAACUGAAGAUUUUAUCUAGAGGGAGCCAGACAAAGCUGUUGUGCUAUAUGAUGCUGUUUUCAUUGUUUGUCUUUUUUGUCAUUUAUUGGAUUAUUAAACUGAGGUGAUGCAAGUAAGUGUGAGUUUGGGAUUUGUUCCAACUUAACUGUUUGGAGUACCAUUUUGGUAAAAAAUCAUCAAAACAUUCCUAAUUUUCAAAUAUUAUGACUUUUUCCAUUGACGAUUACUGAAUUGUGCUUGUUUUAUAAAUCACAUUAGGUAAUACAGUACUCUUUGAAUACUGUUUCUUAGUGAUUAAUUUUUUGCCCCUAUUUUCAGGGGUACUGAGAUGGGCUGAAGUCAGUCUGGCCCUAAGAAUUUUUUUUCCUGUUGUUUGCCAUCAGAUUAAAUAGCCAUAUAAUACUCUGUUGUUAGCAUAAAUGUAGGUUUAUGUUCACGUGAAGAAGCUUAGUGGGAGAAUAACAGAAUGCCUGGAGAGCCUGAUGUUGAGCUCUUGAGGUAGUGAACAAGUUUGUGAUUGAAUGCUAUAUGUCUUUUCCCAAGUUGUUAUCAACCCUGAUAAUGUAUUCCCCUUUCUUCCUUCAUUUGGUUAAAAUUAUAGACUGAUUUCCUUUUACCUAAGUUUUCCUCAUAAUUUUUGAUGAUAUGACUUCUCGUUCUCCUCUGCCCAAGGACCUCAUCUUUUACUAAAGCUUGUUAUUUUGGCAUAUUUCUUGUAGGGCCCAAAACAAAUGUAUACUAGUUUAGUUGUUUUUUGUUAACUUUAUACAUACCAUUGACUUGGCUUAUAAUAAUUUUAUGAUUUUAGCUGCUUAGGUAGGCCAUUUGGUUAUAAUUUGUGAUAGAAUAAUGUGAAGCUAAAGUAAUUGCUAAGCUCCGAGUGGAAAUAAAAUUAACUGCCUCUGCUUUAUUAUGUGUUCAAAAUAGAUAUUGAAAGUACUCAGGCAUUGAACUUGGGGUUAAGAGUAUUGUUGCUUUAAUCCAGUAUGUAUGUUUGUGGAAAGGAAAACAAAGAUGGAUAGAAAGAAAUAUUAAAAUGUUCUUAAAUACUCUGUAUUGCUACUGUUUGGGAUUUGCCCAUUGAUGGGCUCUAAAAAUAAAAUUUUUAAUGAAA